AUGAGGCUCCAGACGCUCCUCCUCACUGUGUCCACUCUCGGAAUUGUGAUGUUUCUGCAUGUUCUGGGAAGACUUAAGGAUAACAUCAAAGAAAUCAACCAGUGCUGGAUACAGCCUCCAAAAACAUUCUGUGGAUUAAGGUGCACGAGGGUGCUGAGAUGUUUGAGACCAAACCAUACAUGCUGCUGGACGUACUGCGGAAACAUUUGCUUGGACAAUGAAGAACCCUUCAAAACACUGAUGAAACUCUAG